GAGGUAUUUUAGAAGGUAGUGAAGGCGUUGGUAUUGAUAUUAUAAAUGCUGAAGUUGUAAUUGUUCAACAAGAAAAUGUCAAUAUAAUGGACAUAACAGUGGAAACUCCACAAAAUGUGGAACAAGUAGAGUUGGUAGAAGAGAUGCCUGGCCCUUUGGCAAAGAAAAGGAAGAAAAACGAAAGAGCAUGGAAGAAAACUGUUGCAAAAGUUGCUAGACACCGCCCGAAGGGAUUUCCACAGAUGCCUAGUUGUAAACAUUCGGCCAAAAGUAAGUACCGCUGCGCAGAACUUUCCCUGCAGGAUGUUAGAAAGAUACAUCAGCAAUACUAUAAAGACGCUGACCUUCAAUCAAAGAAGAAUUUUAUUCUUCAGCACGUCAUUGUUUCCUCAGCAAAAAGGACUCGUCUUCCAGAAGGUAUCAAAUCAAAAAGAAAUGUAAGUACUGACUUUUUCUUACCUAAAAUGAGGAACAACAAAACUGAGAAUGUUAAAGUAUGUCGGGCAGCACUACUUACAAUUUUGCAAGAGAGUAAAAACCGAGUGCAAUUGAUUUGCAAAAAGUACCUGGAAACAGGCGUCGUACCUUUGGAGACUCGUGGAGGAGCACGCCAAGUUGAUAAAUAUAAUAUAAAGAAAGACAGCAUCAAAUCUUUUAUUAAAAACAUUUAUUCCAGUACAAAAACACUAUUGCAGAGCGAAAAAACAAGCAUAGGCAAUACCUUCCAAGUGAGCUUAACAUUACAAAAAUGUGGAAAAUGUAUAUUGAGCAGCAUCCAACUGAAGAAUUAA